GUGGCUCAAUGGCCCGAAAAGGAAGAGGAAGAACAGCCAAUGUUCGGUGAAGAGUAUGACUGGGUACAUCCCCAGCUACCUCGAAAAGGAUGAGCCAUGUGUGGUGUGUGGCGACAAGGCCACAGGUUACCACUACCGCUGCAUUACCUGCGAGGGCUGCAAGGGUUUCUUCCGUAGGACCAUCCAAAAGAACCUCCACCCGGCCUACUCCUGUAAGUACGAUGGCUGCUGCAUCAUCGACAAGAUCACCCGCAACCAGUGUCAGCUCUGCCGCUUCAAGAAGUGCAUCGCAGUGGGCAUGGCCAUGGACUUGGUCCUGGACGACUCAAAGCGGGUUGCUAAACGGCGGCUCAUUGAGGAGAACAGGGAGCGACGAAAGAAGGAGGAAAUAGUGAAAACUCUCCAGAACCGUCCAGAGCCCACCACGUCGGAGUGGGAGGUGAUCCGCCAUGUGACCGAGGCCCACCGACACACCAACGCUCAGGGCUCCCAGUGGAAACAGAAACGCAAAUUCCUGCCAGACAAAAUCGGCCAGUCCCCGGUUGAGCCCUCGUCAGACGGAGACAAGGUGGACCUAGAGGCCUUCAGCGAGUUCACCAAGAUCAUCACUCCUGCCAUCACCCGCGUGGUCGACUUUGCCAAAAAACUGCCCAUGUUCUCUGAGGUGAGCGGUGGUUAAUGGUGCUGUGGAUCAGAGGGCGAGUGUGGGAGUCUGACGCACACAAA